AUGAGCUCCUCGACCUGCGGACAAGUAAAUAUGUCUGGUGAUUUGCUGCAAACAAAGUGCGAUGUGUGUGCCGAAGUGGCGCACGAACCGUAUAUAGAGUGUGGGGAAUGUGAAACUAAUCUGUGUACUAAGUGCUUCGCAUCCGGCAAAGAAGUUGGGCCACACAAAAAUGACCACAAGUACGCCGUGCGCAAAAAUGAUAUUCCUUUAUUUGAGAACUGUAACUGGUCAGCGAAGGAAGAAUGCAAACUGCUCUCCGCAUUAUCUACAUAUGGAUAUGGAAAUUGGGAGGACAUAUCCAAAAGUGUGCACACACGGUCAAAGCUAGAAUGCCAGGAGCACUACAAAAAGUAUUAUAUAGAGAAUGUUCAGUACAAAGAGUUGAAACUUUUACCAGAGACCGAGCAGUCUCUAUUCCCUAAACCCGUAAUUCCAUAUCUGUACAGCUCUGAAAUAAGUACCAAUCCCCCAAGGAAUAAUCAGUCAGAUCCACAUUUGGCUGGUUACAAUGCGUACAGAUCCGAAUUCGAGUUGAGUUACGAUAAUUAUGCUGAAAGUUUGUUUAAUAUAGAAGAUGAUUAUUCUGAUGAUGAGGAUGAAAUUAUGGGUUCAUUGAAAAUAGCAUUGGCUAAUGCUUUAAACACAAGACUUAGAGAACGUAAGAGAAGGUACAAGAUAAUACAAAAUCAUGGACUUAUAAUGCCAAAUAAAUUGGUUUCGUGGUUGCAAAAGUAUAAUCCGACUUUAGGUAGGCACAAGUGUGAGAGGUUAACAUCUUUCAUGCAGUUCAUGACAGGGAUGCAAUUUGAUGCAUUCAUGGAGUCGUUGAGUUUAGAAUAUGAGUUAUUGCAGAAGUUAACAAGAUUAGGGGAAGCUAGAAAGAUAGGGAUCAGAACUUUGUACAGUGCAAAGCUUUAUAAACAACUGAAACUUGAGAAUGAUUUGUUAUUAAAGGAACAAAAGUAUGUAACAUCUGUUAUGGCGAAGAAGUUUGAUCGUCAGUCGCCAUUAAAGAACAAAAUAUUUGAAAGAGAAAACCAAUUACAAAAGAUAAAAAGACCAAUGUUGCCAUUGGAAAUAAUGGAUCUGCCUGGAUUCCACAUCUUGACAGAUUCUGAGAAAAUAUUGUGUUCAAAUUUGAGGCUUAUACCUAAAAAUUAUUUAGAGAUCAAAUACCAACUUGUAGCCGAGAACGGUAAGAAGGGAUUCUUACGUUUAAUGGAUGCUAGACGGAUAGUUAAGAUCGAUGUGAAUAAAACAAGAAAAAUAUAUGACUAUCUUGUUACCGAAGGUUAUAUUGUUAAUCAGUUAAAAUAAAUAUUUUGUUUACAAUAAAUUUGCA